AUCAUAUUAGCAUUGCCAAGAGUUCCAACUACUAUAAUAUAUCUUUCUGAAAUUCUCAUUAUCUCGAUUAAACCAUGGCUCACAUCAGUUUGUCAAGAAUCAUUUUUCCAUUCAUGAUACUAGCUAUUUUGUCACCAAAAAGUAGUGUAAUGAUUGUCGAGGCACGCAAACUUCUAGAGUCAGACACGCCUCAGCUCCCAAAACUUGAUUUGCCACCUCUACCAAAUCUUGAGCUGCCUAAAGUUUUUGAGUUACCUAAGCCAGAAAUUCCUAAAGUACAUGAGUUACCAAAGCCCGAGCUGUCUAAGGUUCCUGAAUUACCUAAGCCAGAAAUUCCUAAAGUAUCUGAGUUACCAAAGCCAGAGCUACCUAAGGUUUCUGAAUUACCUAAGCCAGAAAUUCCUAAAGUACAUGAGUUACCAAAGCCCAAGCAGCCUAAGGUUCCUGAAUUACCUAAGGCAGAAAUUCCUAAAGUACCUGAGUUACCAAAACCCGAACUGCCUAAGGUUUCUGAAUUACCUAAGCCAGAAAUUCCUAAAGUACAUGAGUUACCAAAGCCCGAGCAGCCUAAGGUUCCUGAAUUACCUAAGGCAGAAAUUCCUAAAGUACCUGAGUUACCAAAACCCGAACUGCCUAAGGUUCCUGAAUUACCUAAGCCAGAAAUUCCUAAAGCAUUUGAGUUACCAAAAUCCAAGCUUCCUAAGGUUCCUGAAUUACCUAAGCCAAAAAUUCCUAAAAUACCUGAGUUACUAAAGCCCGAACUACCUAAGGUUCCUGAGUUACCUAAGCCAGAAAUUCCUAUAGUAUCUGAGUUACCAAAACUCGAGUUACCCAAAGUUUCAGAAUUGCCUAAAAUUUCUGAAUUUUCUAAACCUGAACUACCCAAACCUGAGCUACCUAAAUUCCCUGAAAUGCCUAAAGUUGUUCCAACCACUACUCCAUAAGUUUGACUCCAUAAGUUUGAACUAAUUCUUUCAUUUGCAUUGUCUCAACUCAUAUAGUUUUCUAUACUCUAUACGGCUUAGCUCAUGUUGUAGGAUGGGUUUGAUAUGAUUUAUACAAUUUUUAUUCAGUCUUAUAUGUGUAGAAUACAGUCAUAGUGAAGUGAUUGUUAUGGUUCGGUUUGAAUUACAUUAGAUUACAUAUUACUUUUAGUUUGAGCUUGUUUAAUUCGAUUGUACUUCUGCUUAUUGAUGGUCAUAUCCUUCAGGUAUGUGUUGUUGAAUUUAAUAAAAUUGUACUUUUAGUGAAUUUCCAGGAUUUUCAAAUUCUAAUGUUGUUUAAGCUGACAUUUUAACAUUUUAAUUUAUUCAUUGAACUUCAAAGACAAUCUCAAGACUCAAACCUCACCUAGUUUCUUAGAAACCUUGCCCUUUACACAUGAAAGAAAGAAUUUCAUGGUUGCUUUGAAUCACCUAAUAUGAACACCAAUAACAACAAGAGGUAACCUGAAUGUUAAAUCAUAUUUUGAUUGCCGAAAACCAACUGACAAAAAGUCCGUGAUAUUCUUCUCCUAAAUU